UAUCUUUAGUUCUUGACACUGUAUUUGUGUGCCCCCCUCCCCACACCGUGACCAAAACGUAAACAUAGCGCAGCACUAACCAACAUCAAACAUCAUGGAUGAAGAGCCAGGACUGGACGACCUACAGAAGCCAGCUUUUCCCCUGGACGGGCCUGACGUGGUGAUACUGGAGGAAUUUGACCCAGACAUCCCGGCCUCGAAUCCGCUGGAAUAUCUUCAAAGAGUUCGGCUGGAGGCAGAGAGGUGUCCGUCUGUAGUCGUGGCUGACAUCGACGUCACAACCUUCAAGGAUAAACAGACUGUCCUCGUUUCUCCAUCUUCAGGUUUUAUUCCAGCAGAGAAAGGUUUUGCUCCAACAAUUCCAGCUCAGAGGAAGUUAGCUGCACAGUUUUCAAAUGUCAGACAAGCAUACAGACGGUAUCUACAAAACAAGAAGAAAGGAAAACCUGCCAAAGAACUGAAACUGCCAGGUAUGAAGGAUGAGAGUGGGUGGAAGAGGCUGUGUAUGGGGUGUGGCGCGUCUCCUGAAGGGUCUGUAGAGGAAGGAGAGGAGGGGAACGAGGCUACUCCAGACAGCACAAAGGAGGGUCAGCCUCCAAGUUUACAAAUACUGAUGACAAUGGAUCAGUGGACGGUGAUACAAGUUCUAGACUACCAUAUUGCCUGGCUACAGAGACACGGAUUCUCUGCAUUACAGGCGCAGUGGCUGUAUGCCCUGAUGGUGUGUUUAGAGAAGCCCCUGUACCCAGACACGGCUGCUUCCCUACGGACCCUGUCCAGAUGUUGUAGUGCAGUACGAGCCACACUGGAUAAUAAAGAAGAUGACAGAUUAGCUCCUUUGAACCUCCUCAUAUGCCUCGUAUCUAGAUACUUUGACCAGGGUGACUUAGCAGACAUGUAGAGGUGACCAGUGUUCAUAAUUACAGACUCAGAGGUCAACUUACAGACAACAGUUUAUUCAUGGCCACACCAGAGAUCAUCCAUGUAGGAAUGUGAUGGAACAGUUCCUGUACUUCUAGAUGACAACCUGUGAAAGUUUGCAAGAGCUUCUUCAGUGUACUAUUUAAGAUUUUAGCUUCAGUACUGAACAUUUUUUGUCCUUUGCAAGACAAGGUGUGACAUUGUUGUCCAAGGUUUUGUUACACAACUCUUGACAACCACACCACUUGGUUA